AUUUUAUCCGCUUAUUAUAAGUAUUUACAAUAGGAUAAUUGAAUGUGAUCAUAGUAUUUUCUUUUUUUGAUCAAUCCUCCUUUUCUAGCAAUUAUGAGUAAAUCCAAGAGAUAUAAUAAGAUAUUGAACAUAAUUGUCAACAUCAAUGAAGAUCGUUCUGAGGACACCUCCGAAGAAGAUCAAUAUGAAUUAGACCAAAGCGAAGCUGACAAUGAAAGUUCUGAAUACACUGAAAGUGGAGAGAUACAAGGACCUUCGGGUAGUGAAGAUGAAAACUUCUUGAAAGUGUGUCGGUACAAGAGAAAGAUGCGUAUUUUUUCUAGUUCUAACUUCGAGGAUGAAAGAACGAGUAUUCCAAGCACAUCUCAAAAUGUAAUGGGUGAAAUUGAAAUUGCAAUUGACAGGACACAGUGGAUAAAAGUGAAAGCAGGCAGAUCUAGGGGUAGGAUGCCCGUUCGUAUGAUAUUCAAGGAUAUCGCAGGACCUACUAGCUAUGCUAAGAGAAAUAUUAUGUCGGGUUCUAUAACUAGUUCUUUCGAAUUGAUAAUUGACAGGCACAUAAUGGAACACAUAAAAGAUUGCACUGAAACCGAGACUCAUCGAGUUUUGAAAAAAGACGGACAAUCACAGUUGCUGAGUUACGUAGUUUUCUAAGAAUUCUAUAUGCCCGGGGCGCAUGUGAAGCGAGAUCAUUGAAAGCCUCCGAAAGAUUACAAACAGAUAAAUUUGCGCUAAUAUCCGAAAUAUAGAACAGAUUUACAAGUAAUAGCCAGGCUUGUUACAAGCCAUAUGAAAAUGUCUUAAUAGAUGACCAAUUAUUUCCAACGAAAGCCCGAUGCAAGUUUACGCAAUAUAUGCCGAAUAAGCCUUAUAAAUUUGGCAUUACGUUUUGGUU